UGCUUCUACGUACACAACAAAACUGAAGAUCAAAGCACAAAGAAAGAAAAUCAAUGUCUUGUUUCCGUUUUCUUCUUCGCUUCGCAAUUUUCCUUCUCAUUUUCCAUCAAAACUUUUGUUUUCCUUCCAAACAAACACUCUUUUUACCUCUCAAAAUGACCCUUAGUCGUCCCCCGCUUACCUUUGCCCUUAACUCUGAACUUUCCUCCUCCGCCUUCGACGCCGCCGGUGCCACCACCAACAAGAUUGGCUUCCACCAUAACGUUACUUUAACAGUUUCUUUAUCCGUUGGUUCGCCGCCGCAGAAUGUUACCAUGAUCCUCGACACCGGGAGUGAACUGUCAUGGCUUCACUGUAAAAAAACUCCCAACUUAACUUCCGCUUUUACCCCCGAACUUUCCAAUUCUUACAAUCCCGUCCCUUGUGCUUUCCCGGUUUGUAAAACCCGAACCCGAGAUUUAACCAUACCGGCUUCCUGCGAUCCGAAUAAUCAACUUUGCCACGUGGCUAUCUCUUAUGCUGAUGCUUCCUCGAUUGAAGGAACUCUCGCGUAUGAGAAUUUCGUAAUCGGGUCUUCGACCCGACCCGGGUUUUUAUUUGGGUGUAUGGACUCGGGUUUUAGCUCGAAUCCGGACGAAGAUUCAAAAACAACCGGGUUAAUGGGCAUGAACCGUGGGUCCUUAUCUUUUGUGAGACAAAUGGGUUUUCUCAAAUUCUCGUAUUGUAUAUCGGGUUUCGACUCGUCUGGUGUUUUACUUCUCGGUGAUACGAGCUUCUCAUGGCUUAAAACAUUAAAUUAUACUCCUUUAAUACAAAUGUCCGACCCGUUACCAUAUUUUGAUAGGGUUGCAUAUACCGUCCAAUUAGAGGGUAUUAAAGUCGGGGAUAAAAUGUUGGACCUACCAAGAUCCGCUUUUUUACCCGAUCACACGGGUGCGGGUCAAACAAUAGUCGACUCGGGCACCCAAUUUACUUUCUUAAUGGGUCCGGUUUAUACCGCGAUGAGAAACGAGUUUUUGCAACAAACAAGAGGAGUUUUGCAAGUUUUCGAGGAUCCGAACUUUGUAUUUCAACAAGCAAUGGAUCUUUGUUACCAAAUCAACAAGUCGGUCGAUACGAAUUUUUCGAACUUACCGCGAGUCAGUUUGAUGUUCGACGGGGCCGAGAUGGGCAUAUCGGGCGAGAGGCUAUUAUAUCGGGUGCCCGAGAUGAGUAAGGGGAGUGAUUCGGUGUAUUGCUUCACAUUUGGAAACUCUGAUCUAUUAGGGAUUGAAGCGUUUGUGAUUGGGAAUCAUCAUCAACAAAACGUGUGGAUGGAAUUUGAUUUGGUGAAGUCAAGGGUCGGAUUUGCAGAGACCAGGUGUGAUCUUGCUAGUCAACGGCUAGAGAUGGACCUAUAAAAUAAAGGGACCCACCAUAGUCCAAUCAUGCUCCACAAUUUUAAUAAAGAUGGACCGCUGAUCCUACAAUGUACGGCUAGAGAUGGACCUAUAAAAUAAUAUAUAU